AUGGGUAGUUAUCACCUGUAUAGGUUGCUCGACCAUCACAAAAAUCGCGGAAUUUUUUUCUUCCUUGUUUAUUGUUGGCGCACUGUAUUAUGGGAACUCAGUAAUUGGAAGAAAGCUGCAUUGGCAAUCUUACUCUUCUUCGGUUACUUAUCCAAGCUUGCCCUGGCAUUUGUAUUUCAUUUCAUUGGUGAUCCAAUCACUGGAUUUAUAAGAAUUAUCGAGUCCUCUCUCUAUCUUGUUCGUGACAUCUACUUUAGCAUUAUAGCUUUUGCGCCUGUUCCGGAACUGACAAGAAUUAUCUUAUUUGCAUCAACGAUAUUGGCCAUUGGUGAAGCUGCAGUCCCUGAUUCAGUGAACAGUCAACCAUAUCUUCUCACUUUAGCUGGGAUUGUUGGGUUUGGGGCCGUUAAGGGGGUUAUUCUUGAGCCAUUCUUUUGGUUAUUUCUUGUUGGUAUAUUCUGCUUCUCUCGGUUUAUUAAGAAGAGAGAUAGUACAUCAGCAGCUCUCCCAUCUGCGGCUGUUUUGGCUGCUAUUGGGGAGCCUUGGCUGAGGGGUUUAACUAUGGUUUCUUACCUAGCCCUUGCUAUUGUUUAGAAUUCUAAGUC